AUGGCAAUUGUAGUAAGUUCAGAGGCUGCCGCGAGAGCAGUUGUAGUAAGCUCAAAGGAUGCCGAAAGAGAAGUUGAUAUUCCUGUUAAAUUGGUAAUAGAUAAAGAGAAGAAACGAGUAGUUUUUGCUGAAGCAGAUGGUGAUUUUGCUGAUAUCUUGUUCAGCUUCCUCACAUUGCCAAUGGGGACAAUUAUAAGACUCUUGGCACAACAUUCUGAUCAAUCGAAGCAGUUGAAUAUUGGGAAUUUCAACACUUUAUGUAGCAGUGUGAAGAAUCUUGAUGCAAAGUACUUUGUGACGGAUGUAAGCAAGGAUCUGCUGACCAAUACCAGAAAUCUAGCAGACUAUGAAUGUCGUCGUCUUAGGAUCAAUAUUGAUGAUACUAAGCCCGCUCAGCACUUCGUUUGUCAGAAUUUGGAUUGUAUUGUAGACCAAGAUCUUCCCUCUCUGAGCACUUGCAAUAUUGCAAAAUGCAGAAGGUGCGGGGACUACUUGAAAACGCCAAUAAAUUUUUUAGAUGACAUGAGGGAGAAUAACAGUGGAGUUUUCUUUGCUCAAACCGCGUCUUUUAUCAUCACUGAUGCUCUAAAUGUAUUUCCUAAUACUAUGGGCUCAACUUUUGAAAUACUAGAGAUGGCUGGAGUCUCAGAUUUUGGAGUUCUUGAAGAGACAACCCUUCAAUUUGGUUCGCAUGAGAUUCUUGAGCUGCUAAAGUGUUCCUUAUUCUCCAAGACCCCUUUGUCAGAUAUGGUUUUUGGUGAGAAAGAUAUCGUCAAGGACAUAGUUCUUAUACCAUCUUUCCAGUGUCGGAUAAGUACAGAGCACAUAUACGGUUUUAUAAACAUGACAGUGAACGUAUUGGUCCAAAAGUCGACUAAGAAAAUAUUGUUGGCUCAAACUGCAGAAGAUUUUGUAGAAUUUCUAUUUGGUUUCCUCGCGAUGCCUUUAGGAAGAAUCAUUAGUUUUUUGGGCGAAAGUUUUUCAUCAGAUGGGACAGUUGAAAAUUUACACAAUAGCCUGCCAAAUUUGGAUGUUGGCAGAUACUUUAAAUUUGAUGAACUAAGACAGAUUUUACUAUACCCUGAAGUGGAUUAUGGCUCCUACCAUUCAUUAUAUUUUAGAAAAGAAUGGAGUCGAGACUUCUAUUACACUAGCAGGCGCGAGUCUUCUUAUGAGGAGGAUACCUUCCAUUUGACUAGAGAGGGUGGUCCGGUGAUGAAAAUUGAACAUCCAAAGGAAUACUUGAGGGGGCCAAAAAUGUUUCUGGUGACGGAUGACUUGAUUGUGACUCCUUUUUCAUCCAUGUCUUGUAUCACUUAUCUUCACAGUUUGAAAGUUUCUCCAGGGGAUGUUGAGGAACACCAGAUCAACAUAGGCCCGGAAGAGGCCUUGAACUUAUUGAGGGCAUGUAUGAUAUCUACUUCAGUUUUGAACAACGGCCUUGGCUCCUUGCAAGUCUUUUAAUAAAUCCAGCAGCAGAGAAAUCUCUUAU